AUGCCAAUCUUCGGUGAACAUCGCUGCACUUCGAUUACAAUUAAAAUCAAUCAAUUGGCGGAACCCAAUAGAAAUGAUGAAGUUGAUGAUUCAAUUGAACUUUACUUAUCUGAUCUACUUGAUUUAAUUCAAAUCCAACCUUCUGGUGGAGCGUCAGAAGCUGCUAGAGCAAUUCGUAAGAAAAUUAAAUAUGGGGAAUCAAUAAAUGAGCAAAUGAGAGCAUUGAAGAUUUUAGAAUUAUUAAUAUUGAAUUCCGGUCCUAAGAUUGGACCUGUCAUUGCCCGAGACGAUAAGUUACUAGAUGUAUUGAAGGGUGUUAUUACUGGCAAUGGUAAGACUGGUUCUGGAGUACCAUACGACCCUAAAGUACAGAAAGUUGUCAGACAGAUGGCACUUGGAUGGAAGGGCGAAUUGGCUGACAUGGAAGGAUAUAAAUACAUGCAAUCAUUAUAUAAAUGGGUUCCUCGCAAUAAAGGUCAUAGGAGAGAUCAAUCACGAGGUGACUAUAGCGAACAUAAUGACAGUGAACAAAACGAUGAGAACCAACCGCACGCAUUUGACGAUUCUUAUCAGGAGAAUCUUAGAUCUCCAGAAAGAUCGAGCCCAAGGUCUCCACCACCCCCUCGCCCUCGUACGCCAACUCGUUCUCGUUUAAAUAAGAACCCAUCGAGUGGAACUUCAGAUGACAAGAGCAAAAAGAAAAAAAAGAAGAAGAAGUCGGGAACCAAAUAUGCAGAUGAGGAGUUCGAAAUUCCUCAGAUCAAUUAUAAAGUGGAAGCUCCUAAAAUUAGAGAACUUAUUGCAAGUUGUUACACCCAUUCAACCACUUUGAGCAACCAAUUAUUGCAAUUGCCAUCUGGUACAUCACCAUUAGAUGAUGACAAGAUUCUUUCUGAAUUUCAGAAAUGUAAGAAAAUUAGACGUAAGGUUUUGAAUUAUUUGCAAUUUGUGGGUGCCGGUCAGGCAAGUGCAAAAUCAUCAGAAGUUGCGGCUUUAGAUGAAGAGUUUUUAGGUAGUUUAAUUAGUGCCAACGAGCAAUUGGUUGAGGUGUUUCAAAAAUUCAAUUUUAAAGCGGGAUACACACAAGCCAAUCCUGCACCAAACUAUGAUGAAGAAUCUGACAGUGGCGAGAGUUAUUAUACCGAAUCAGACGAAGAGGAAGAAGAAGAAGAAGAAGAAGAAAUUGAGCAAAGAUUAAAUGAUGUUCGGAUUGGUAAGAAGUCACCACCACCACCUCGUCCUCAUAAACCCAUGGCACUUAAUCAAGCCUUUACCAAGAAUUCCGCCAAAAAUUCUGAUACUCAGUCAAUUGAAGGAGAUCCAUUUGGAGAUACAAAUGCCCUUGCCGGAAACCGUUCUUUUUAUGAUUAG